AUGUCCGUAAUCAUAGAUUCUGCUUAUGGAAAAGCCAACGUCAAGUUCUUGAAGGUCAAGAAAGACGCCAAGAACCCCAAAGUUCAAGAAGUGCUAGAGGCCAAUUGCCAGGUUUUAUUGAAGGGUGACUUCGAUGUCUCCUACACCAAGGCUGACAACUCCCCGGUCGUUCCCACUGACACUGUAAAGAACACCAUCUUAGUCGAGGCCAAGAACACAGAUGUUUGGCCAAUUGAGCGUUUUGCUGCCCACUUAGCCAAGCAUUUCACUGGAAAGUAUAGCCAUGUCAGGGGUGUUGAAAUCACGAUCAUUCAAUCAAGAUGGACCAAGUUCCCAGUGAAUGGAAAGUUGCAUGAUCAUUCCUUCAGAAACGAAGGUCCUGAAACCAGAAGAACGUUUUUGACAUACGACAAAGUGUCCAAGAACCUCAACAUUACCUCUUCGAUCCAGGAUUUGACUGUUUUGAAAUCGACCGGUUCGAUGUUCUAUGGGUACCACCAGUGUGACUACACCACCUUGAAGCCAACCACCGACCGUAUUUUGUCCACCGAUGUCGAUGCAUCCUGGCAAUACAAGGAACAAUUGAAGUCUUUGGAUGAUGUUUCGAAAUUGGCCGAUGACGGUGUCUUUGACAAUACUUAUGACACUGCUCGUGAAGUCACUUUGAGGCUUUUUGCCUUGGAGAACUCACCCUCCGUUCAGGCCACCAUGUACAACAUGUGCCACGAAAUUUUGCUGAAAGCUCCCAAGAUUGAUAGUGUCACCUACAAGCUUCCUAACAAACACUAUGUCUUGUAUGACUUCAGUUGGAAGGGCAUCAAGGACAACAAAGAGUUGUUUUACCCAUCUCCUGAUCCAAAUGGACUCAUCAAGUGUACUGUGGGACGCAAAGGCUCAGCUAAGUUGUGA